AGACUUGAACAACAUGUCCUCGCUUGAAGUGCACGGCACCGUUUCACCUGGAUUCGAAUCUAUUCGCCAGACGUUCGGUCUUGGCCAGUCUGGCGACAUCGGCGGCGCCCAACUGGCGAUCUAUGACCACGGUGUGAAAGUCGUUGAUCUCUGGACCGGCUCCGACCCUGUACGCGGACAGACAUUCCCCGAAGAUGGACUGGUCGUAUUCAUGUCAGCUACGAAGGGCCUGACAGCGAUCGUUGCACAUCUGCUUAUCCAACGCGGUCUGCUUGAUGUCGAUGCGCCUGUGUCGAAGUACUGGCCCGAGUUCGCCAAGAAUGCAAAAGAGAAGAUCACCACCAGGAUGUUCCUGAACCACACUUCCGGCCUGGCCGCUCUACCCGCAGAAGCGAACAUUACGAUUACAGAUGUCACGGAUUCGGAGAAGAUAAUUCACGUCAUCGAGGAUAUGAUGCCUUUCUGGGAACCGGGAACCGCCUUCUUUUACCAUGCGUUCACAUAUGGCCACCUGGUUGGAGAAGUCGUGCGGCGCAUCACGGGGAGGACGGUUGGGCAAUAUUUCCGAGAAGAGAUCGCGCAAUCACGUGGGCUCGAUCUGUGGAUUGGGCUGCCUGAAGCACUCGAACCACGCGUCGUCCCUUGGACCGAGAAGACAGCUCUGCUCCCCGCUCCGGGAAGUGUCAUUCCUGAAUUACCAGCGCCAGUGGCCCCUAGUCAACCCCCGUUCGACAUGUCUGCCAUACCGCUGGGGGCUGCUCUUGGGGCUGUAAUGAUGAUGGAGAAGGACAUGCGCCCAUUUAUGAACUCCCGCCAGGGUCAUGCAUGCGAGAUACCUGCCGCGAACGGAAUAGGGGAUGCGCGCAGUCUGGCAAAGCUGUACGCAUCCUUGCUCGGGUCUGUGGACAGCCAUCCGCAGUUGUUGGAUCACGCCACUGUGCGUACUGCCAUGGUCGCGCAGACGGAUGACCUCACAUUUCCCCACCCGUUCAACCUCCUCCCCCUACCGCGGUCGAGGAUGGCAUUGGGCUUCCAGCUCUGUCGACCGGCGUGCCCAAUGCUCGGGCCCUCAUUGGUCGGACAUCCAGGUGCGGGUGGGAGACUCGCAUUUGCGGAUCUGGACAGUGGAAUCAGUGUUGGCUAUGUGUGUACUAAUCCGAUUUGGGAGCCGGAGAAAGGCAAGCCGGACCCAAGGUGGGCGCCUUGGAUGGAGGCAUUGAAGGAAAUCAUUGAGAGGAAGGAAUAAAGGGUCUUAUUGUCAUUGUCGAAUUGCGAGAUUGUAAUCAUCACGUGGCCGCGGAGCCGAAGGGCUUUACUGCGCGCUGUGCUGCUGCACGUGGCAAGAGAAAGAACGUGCAUAUAUGGGGCUGACAUUGCAUGUCCUUAUAUGGACAGCUUCAUUAAAGGAAAAUAUGGACACAACUCCAACACCAUUCGUACUACCUCCUCUCGAGGACCCACCACAAGACUCUGGCAAUUCCUUUCUCUCUGAGGCGCCGCCCUACUCCGAUACCAGCACAAUAAGCGCCGAAAGCGCACCCCCGAACUACGCUACCCAGUUCAUCUUUACAUCAAAGGACGUCCUCAACAGUUCCAUAUUACAGGCGAACUCUUCCAAGGAGGUCUUUCAUGUCGAGAGCUCGCAGGGAGGCAUCCUUACUUCCAUACGCGGUGCAGAGGGCAAGCCGCUUGCCGAUGUCUUGUGGAGUCAUGACAAAGACUCGGAGCCCCAGUUGAACCUAGACUUCAAGGGCAAAACUGUAUCACUCAAGAAAUUCAUGACCCGAAGCAACACGUUCGGCAUCCUAUUCAUAGUGCACUACCAAGGCUCGGUAUUCGACGUCUACCGUGCUGGCCCCGCCCUCGGUAUCAGGUUGCAUGGUACUACCUCCAUGCUGGCGGGCAUCCGCGAUCCGUACAAGAAUGUUGAGAUCGUCGUCUCUCCAGAGGGGAUCGAGCAGGGCGCAUGUCUCCCAGCGGCGGUCAUCAUCUCCGUUCUCCUCAAGAGUGAACGCAGCUUGGGGAAGGACUUUGAGCAGCGGAACACGGCGGAUAAGAUUUGGCAUGGAAUCGAUUAUAUGUUCAGGAGCGUGGGAAGGGAUACCGUGCUGGAUCAGGGCCCGGCUG